AACAACUUUACUCGUAAGUCGUAACCAUUAAAAAUGUUUGGUAAUUUGUAACCAUAAGAAUAAUAGGAUUAAAUGAUUCAAUGAUGUAACAAGUCAAACAUAUCCGAUACUAUUUUUUUUUUUAUAUAAUUGUCACUGUUGCCCGAUACGUUCUAUUUGUAUAUUCUACAAUACGUACAGUACAUUAUUGUACCGUAUGGAAUAUGAAUACACUCUAGUUUCUUCCUUGAAAAUAUAGUGAAAUAAUUGUUAAUACUCAUUGAUAAUAUUUAAAAACAGAUAACAAUUUAGGGUUUAACAUUUAUCCGAAUAUUAGAUAGCUCGCAACAAUCGUAAGUUUAAUUCUAAUGAUGGAUAAACAUUUAGUAGAUUUUGACUGGAAAUUAAAGUAUAUUAUGGGCAGCAGUUCAUUGAGCACAUUGGAAGAACCAUUACUUCAAGUUAUAUUGCAUUUGAAGGAUGGCCUCAGGUCAAAUAACAUAGCAAAUCCAAAAGUAUCUGAAAAUGUCUUUUUGGAAUUUUCUCAAGAAGAAAUUUCAUUAUUUAUAGAUAAACUCAAACAGUCCUUAUAG